AUGGAUUCCACGAAUGAUGAAAUAUUAUCAAUAAUGAGUACUGCAUUGAUUGAUAAAACAUCCUGGAAGCUGGGGAGCAGAUUGAGAGCCAAGGUAGGUCCAGUUUUGGGACGCGAAGCAUUCCGGAAUCCGGUAAAGAAUAUUUUCCAGGCCAACUGUCGCACCACUCUGACGCUUGCCGAGGUGCAGAUUUCUGAUGAUAACAAAGUGGACUGGACUGUUCUGGACACGAAACCCACCGUACUAUUUGCUCUUAUCCCCUACGUACAACAGACUAGCGCUUGCAUCCAUUCUCUGCCAGACUGA